AGCAGGUCCUCCAAUUCCAAUCUCGUUGUCGUCGGCCGUUGCUUCUCCACUCCGCGCACCAUGCUCUCCGCCAUGGCCGCGCGCCCCGUCACCGCGAGCAGCUCACGCCGGCCUCGCCUCCCAGCUCAGGCUGCAGCUGCUGCUUCCGGACCCUCCUCGUCACCGGCGGUUCGUGGAGUCAGAUCGGGGGCGGGGGCGAAGCGCUCGCUCCUUCGGCCGUGCCCGAUGCUGCUGACUUCUGUGGCAGUGGGGAGUUUGGUUGCCGCUGGGGCCGCUAAUGCUGCCGAGCUAUUGGAUCCUCUGCACGGAUCAUCAGAACUUCUUUUGGCUGAUCUUGGCAUCGGAGAUUGGUUUGGGGGUUUGCUGUUUUCUGCUGGACAGCAGGCUAAUGAGGCUGUUCAGGAUCAGCUAUCUGCUCUUAGUUUCUCUAGCUUGGCAGUCAUUUUUGGCGCAGGACUUGUAACUAGUUUGUCUCCUUGUACACUCAGUGUUCUACCAUUGACUCUAGGAUAUAUAGGGGCAUUCGGUUCUGGGAAAGGCCAGGCUGAGGUUGUUGGAAAUUCAAUAGCAUUUUCAUUAGGACUGGCAACAACCUUAGCUAUUCUUGGUGUUGCUGCUUCUUUUGCUGGAAAGGCUUAUGGUCAGGUUGGACAAGGACUCCCAGUGGCCGCUUCUGGGUUGGCCAUCAUCAUGGGAUUGAAUCUUCUUGAGGUAGUUGAGUUGCAACUUCCCUCGUUUUUCAGCGAUUUUGACCCACGAACUGCUGCAGCUAACCUCCCUUCAAGUGUACAAGCAUAUCUUGCUGGUCUUACAUUUGCAUUGGCAGCUUCGCCUUGCAGCACACCAGUUCUAGCCACCCUUCUGGGAUAUGUUGCCACUUCAAGAGAUCCAAUUGUUGGAGGAAGCUUGUUGUUGACAUAUACAACUGGCUACGUUGCACCUCUUCUUAUUGCAGCUUCCUUUGCUGGAGCAUUGCAGAGUUUGCUAUCAUUCAGAAGAUACUCGGCAUGGAUAAACCCAAUCAGUGGCGCAUUUCUUCUCGGUGGAGGGGUUUAUACCUUACUAGACAGGGUGUUUCCUGCAACAUCAAUGGUAAUGUAGGUCAUUGUUGGACAAGAACUGCAUGGCAACGGUCUGUUGAACAUGAUCCAAAUGUAAGAAUCGAAGUAACAUAGCUAAAUUACGCUAACUGUGUGUAGUAAUGUACAGAGGUUCGGGACAACCAAAACAUCUUGACUUAGUAGUCUGUAUAGGCCUCAAUAACUAGAGCCUGGUGGGCUACCCUGCUAAAAUUUUAUUUCUGGAUAUUUUAUCAUGCUCAACCAUGCGGAACAUGAGCUGGUAUCGCCCUCAGCUUCUUGCCAA